UUUGACUCGCGCCUGUGGAGUUUGUUUGUGUCUCUUCAGUGAUUGUUAGUGUUUAUGUUUAGACUGUCGCAGUCAAAUAAUUAUGUAAAUUGUUUUGAGUUCCAGCCGUAGCGUUUUCAGUGUCAUGUUGAGUGAGUCAUGUGUUCGGUUAGGUUUAUGGUCAUGUAUGUGGAUGAGUCUGUGGAUGUGUAUUACGCAGACGGGUGCAGACUUCAGCUCUCACCCUGCGGAUCUGAAUUCAUGAUAGAGAAACACUUGUCACCCUCUGCACACCCGCUACAGCCCAGAGAGAGAGUCAGACAGAGAACAAGAUUCGCCAUCAGCGAGUAUAAGGCACUGGUAGUGAAUGCUUUGGAAUUCAGAAACAAGUAUGCAACUCAUCCAUAUUUGCCUGAAGAGCUCAUAACAGUGGAAUUCAACAAGAAGUUCAACAGUGCCAUAACUGAGGUUGAGUGGCCAGGGUCUGACUCUUGCACCACUGGGUCGCAUGGAGAGAUCACAGUUUGCUCUGUUGAUGGACAUGCUGAACUGGUUCUUUCCUCUUCUGGAGAAGAGUUCACGGUGGAGUUUAUCUGUCGGUCCAGCCAAAAUGAAGUAGAGUCGCAGUAUUUGCAGCUUCAAGGUCACCAACACAAAAGCACAUGUUUAUUAAGUGGCUCGUCAUUCAAAUCUGCCACGGUUAAGGGUUUAACCUCCUCAGCUGGUGCUUGGUUGGACCAUCCUGGGUCAGUCGGAAAAGCCCCCAAUAUGGAAAGACAGGAAUCAACAAGCUUGAAGUUUGAAAAGGUGCAUGUGUACACCAGAGUGAUCCAGCAGUAUUCCCGAGUGCUUUACCCACAGAUGUGGUGCUAUCCUCUGUCAUUGGCUGUCAAGCAUUGGGAAUCACAAAAAACUCAAAUAAAUACUAUCAAUGGGCCAGGUAGAAAAGGUUUAACAAAUAGCGAAGAUAGACAAACAUCUCAAACAGGGCUGAAGACUCAUCUUCCCAAACCAUUGCCUUUAAAAUGUCCCUCUCCUCAUCAGCACAGGUGGAGAUAUGACACUGUGAGUCCUGAUUUGCUGGAUCAGGAAGAGGAAGUAACAGCUGAGCUGGUGAAGGUGGUCUGGUGCAAAGGCAUUAUAUACCGUAUAGUAGAUGGAGUGAUACCGAUGGUAGAAAUCUCACCCGGUGAUGGUUCAUUCAUUAGAUCCAAUGGCGUUUUAGCCAAUUACUUCACACAUUACAAAGCUGGAGCUGCUCACAGAGAUGCAGUGGAGUGUGUGUAUUUCCUGUGUGGUCUCCCACCUGACGUACCGGGUCAGCUGUAUUCUGUCCAAUCUAUCGUCACACGGGCCAGCAGGAUUCUGAAAUGUUUCAUGCAGGCCAGAAGCUCCCUGAGGGUCCCGCUCUCUCUUUACUGCUGGAACGAGCAGGCUGCGGUGUGUGAUUGUGUACCUGUGGUUCAGGAGGUGACGGUGGCAGGGACAGGACAUUUCAAAGCUCUCUCAGACGGGACUGUCGAGGUCUUGUUCCUGGAUGGAGUUAGGGCUCAGAUGAUGUGGAAGUCUGACACAUGUACACCUGCACAGUGUGGAGAAAUGGAGCAGAGACUCGAGACAGAAACCAAACCAUCUCACAGGUGGUGCCAGCUCAAUAUGCCAGAUGGGCACCAAACUCUUGUCCAAGUCGAGACAGACAAAACAUAUCACAGGUAUGUGUCGGUAGUAGUGCAGUGGUGUGACUGGGUAAAACAGAGCAUGAGCGCAGUGGGUGUGGCUCUCUCAGACUCCGCCCAUUCUGACACUCCUCAACCAAUAACGUGCAGGUCUGUUGUUUCAGAGCUGGAAAAGAUCAAGAGGUUUAACUUUUUGUUGGAGAACAGCCCUGUCCUGCGUUCUACAGCGAGAUCUUUGAGAUGUGAGCGUUCUCCUGAUCUCUCCGAGAUCAAACUCACAGAGAACUGCAUCUCUGAGGCUCUGCUGAAGACCUCCAGAGCCAUACAGGACAUCGACACGCUCCUAUCGGACAGACCGUAGGCUAGACACACAGUUCCAGAAGAGCUUUCCAAAAACAUUCCCCCAAAAAUUGUGUGGUUUAUGGAUCAGGGAAAUGGAA